GGCGCUAAGAUGGCGGCCAAGGGCUCCCACUCGCACGUGAAGCUGGAGGGGGAGAUCGAGCGGUGCCGCGCGGAGGGGCAGUGGGGGCAGCUCCGGCACCUGGCUCAGCAGCUGCUCCCGCCGGCACGGCCCCCGCGCAAGGCGGCGGGGGGCGCACAGGACGCGGAGGACUACGGGAGCAUGCUGCUUGCAGAGGCUCUGCUAGAAGAAUGUUUGAAGGAAAACUUUGCCAAACUGAAGGACUCCAUUCCACUGACAGAGAAGAAUGAGCCAAAACUGAGUGAAGUUAAACAGUAUCUGACCAGUAUCUUAACCAGAGGAAAGCUACGACCUAAGUAUAUGACAGAAGCUAUGCUGAUCCUAGGAAAGCUUCAUUAUGUGGAGGGAUCCUACAGAGAUGCCAUCAGCAUGUAUGCAAGAGCAGGAAUUGAUGACUUCUCAACAAAAGAUGAACCUCUGUACGUGCUGCGUUUGGUAACUGAAGCUUUCGUUAUUAAAGGUCUGUCACUGGAGCGCUCAACCAACUCAAUUGCCUCGCGUGCUCGACUGUGUGAAAGGGAGGAAGAAGUCAUGGCUUGUUUUGAGACAGCGUGUGUCAUUGCCCAGGUGUACUUGCAGGAGCUUGAAAAGACCUUAAACAACACGCAUUCAAGGAGUAUCAAGGGCAGCAACAUUACCUACUCUGAGUUUGAACUUUCCUUCUUCCUGGAAGCAGCUCUACAGAGUGCCUACGUGACUCAUUUAAAGAAGGGAAAUAUUGUGAAAGGAGUGAGGAGUCUGCGAGAAAUGCUACGGACUGUGGAAACAAAAGCUACUCAGACCUUCAAAAUGACUGCAGCCAAACAGCUAGCCCAAGUACUUCUCCAUUCCCUCAGUGAAGACUGUUACUGGAACCCUUUAUCUGAUCCGCUUCCUGAGUUCAUGAACAAGGAAGAUCAGUCUUAUGUUAGCAAUCUUCUUUGUCGGAGGCCUGAGCUGUAUACAGAAGAGAAUGCGUACUGCCCUCAAGACAACGUAGAAGAGGCUCUUCUUCUCCUCUUAAUCAGUGAAUCCAUGGCAAACCGCGACGCAGUGAUCAGCCGAGCCCCAGACCAGCAGGAUGACCGAGCUGUCAGCCUCCGGGAUGCUUCUGCAGUCUACGACCUCCUCAGUAUCACGCUGGGCAGAAGAGGGCAGUAUGUCAUGCUUUCUGAGUGCUUGGAGAGAGCCAUGAAGUUUGCGUUUGAUGAAUUUCACCUCUGGUACCAGCUUGCCCUCUCCAUGGUGGCUUGUGGAAAGUCAGCAUAUGCUGUGUCAGUGCUCAAAGAGUGCGCUAAACUGCGACCUACAGAUCCCACCGUUCCCCUUCUGGCUGCCAAGGUCUGCAUUGGGUCGCUGCACUGGCUGGAAGAAGGAGAAUACUUUGCUAAAAUGGUGAUAGACCUGGGUGAGGAUGCUGGAGAGUCCCUAGCAAAGGGUUACCUGGCACUGGGCCUGACAUACAGUCUUCAAGCUACUGAUGGUCUGGUGAAGAAUCUGUUGAAGACAGGGGAAGGUGAGAUGAAUAUAACAAAGGCUAAAGAGGAAAGACCAGCUACUCUGAGAGGCACUCAGGAUGAAUUAAACAAGAAAGCACUUCAAACUUUGGAGAGAGCACGUGACUUGGCCCCAGAAGAUCACCAAAUCAUCCUCUACCUGUCACUGCAGCUGGCUUUUGUCAGACAGAUUUCUGAUGCUAUAGAACAUCUUCAAGAAGCACUGCAACUGUGCAAAGAUGACAUGAAUUCACUUCAUCUACUGGCCCUCCUCUUUUCAGCUCAGAAGCACUAUCAGCAUGCGCUGGAUGUCAUCAACAUGGCUGUCGUUGAAUACCCGGAAAGCUUUAGCUUACUCUUCACCAAAGUCAAACUGGAAUGGAUACAUAAAGGACCUGAAGAAGCUCUGGUGACAUGCAGACAUAUGUUGCAGAUGUGGCAGAUGGUAUAUAACGUUUUACAGCACAGUGCCUCUGAGAAAGGAAGUAGUGUGACCGAAACACCAGUGAUCAAAAAGCAUAAUGGACUGCAUCUCACGCUCCCAGAUGCUCACGAUACCGAUUCUGGAUCACAGCGAGCCUCUUCCCUUGCUGCAUCAAGACUGGAACAGGCCAUGUCUGAGAUAACUAUGCAGAGCAGUGCAAUGAAGCAAGGACCUAUGCAGCUGUGGACAGCUCUUGAACAAAUUUGGCUACAAGCAGCUGAACUCUUCAUGGAACAACAGCAUCUCAAAGAAGCAGGCUUUUGUAUCCAGGAGGCAGCUAGUCUUUUCCCCACAUCUCAUGCUGUACUGUACAUGCGUGGGAGGCUUGCAGAGAUGAAAGGCAAUUUGGAGGAGGCUAGGCAAUUGUAUGAUGAAGCGCUCACAGUGAAUCCAGCUGGAGUGGAAAUUAUGCACAGCCUGGGCCUGGUGCUGAACAGACUUGGGCGGAGGGACCUGGCCCAGAAAGUCCUCAGAGAUGCCAUCCGGAUCCAGACCACCAGUCACAGGGCCUGGAACAGCCUUGGAGAGGUCUUGCAAGCCCAGGGGAAAAACGAAGCAGCCAUCGAAUGUUUCCUCACCGCUCUGGACCUCGAAUCCAGCAGUCCUGUCAUCCCAUUCACUGUCAUUCCCAGGGAGCUCUGAAGCUUUGCCCUGCAGCUAAGCACCUUCAUUCCGUGGACAGACAUCAGAUCCAAAUAAAGAAAGAAAAUGCCCAACAGAAAUGUGCCAUUGUAACCCAGAACUGGGCAAAAUAAUUCCAGGACGGGGCUCAGGUCUACACACUCAGCUGAGACAAGCCUAACUGUAGAAGAAUUUGCAACAGGCAGAAACAGAGAAUGCCUUUUUCUUCACAGGUGCCUGGCUCACCUCCUGUUCGUGUUAACAGCAAGGCUUAUUUCAAAGUGUUAGUUCAAGGUGACUGUCUGUAGAAUAGAUCAUGCUAGGGUACAGCUGUUCUAAGCACUUGCACCUUUCAAUUUUCAUUAAAGAUAAAAACCCCAAGCUCUGAAUUAAAGCCCAGACCUGCUCUAAAUGGGUAAGCAAAUGCACCAACUAACUCGACCAAGUUGUCCUUAUUAAGCAUGUGGUUGCCUCCACGCAGAUCUGACAGGAUAGGAAUGGCAAUUAAACCAUAUAGACACGCAGUAUAUGCUGUUUACAAAAUUAUUUUAGCUAUUUUGAUAAUUGUUUUUCCUGUCUUGCUCUUAUAUACUGCAGAUGCUCACUAUAUUUAGCGUGGCGUUUGCUUAGACCAAUUUAAAUUAAAAAUACUUUUUUUUUUUAAAGCUGCUAUUGCAGUAUGAUUCACAAACGCAGAAAGACCAAAGACCAAAUCAGUUCACACUUGAACUAGUAUUAAAAACAUGUAUGUAUCUCCAAUUACCUAUUUACUGAAAGGCCUUACAUGAAGUAACUAAUUAUAAAAUCUGAGCUUCAUUCUUAUUAAUCACCUAUCGCAUCACUUUUAGUGAGGAAUGUAGUGUUUACCAGUAUAUAGUGACUGAACUCUGUGCUUUACUGCAUUACCAUUCCUGGCACAGAACGUUUUCAUAUCCGUCUUUUCAUGAUAUAAAAGAUGGCAGCAGUCUUUUAAGGGAAAGUCUGCUGAAGGCAGUAUGUGUGUAUAUGAAUUGCUUCUUUCCUAGAACCAAAUCUUUGGAUUGUCUGUAGAAAUUUGACAUUAGAGGUACGGAGCUGAGCCUUCAGCGGAGCGGGAUCAUUUUGUGUGUGGUAUCAGAUGUUAAAAGCGAUCUCCAGAGCCAGCUGAAGAGCUCCUAAUCCGCACAACCUCCCUGCGGCUGGCACGGCCGGGACAGGGGGUGCAGCUGGCGUACCCCCUGCUAAGCUGCUCCGUAGCUCAGCGUCACCUCCCCAGGACCUCGGCAGCGCGGUGGAGCUGUACCGUGCUGUCACACGACGCACCAGAGCCAGCCCCGUCCAGACCGGUCCCGAGAUGAAGAUGAUGCAGAAUGAGCUGCGGGCACUUUUCUAUACAAAAGGUUGGGGCUCUGUGCCCAUUUCUGCCCAAAGAAGAUUUGUGACUGUUUCGUAAGUGGGUUUGCACUAAAACACACUUUGUACUAUAGUUCUGCCCAGUAUUGUGAUCUGCAACUAGUUUGUUCCGGAAAUAAUAAUAUCCUCAGGCAAUAAACGAGUAGGGGUUAUUUCUUAAAGAGCCUGAGGCUCUGGCAGCAGACUUGAAGUCAGCGUUGUUUACAAUUAUUUGGAAACCUGCAGGCUAAUGGAGAGGUGGGCUCCUCACGCCGCUCCCAGACCACACCAGGACAGAGCCCCUGCCCCCAGAGUCCCCUCGAGGUGCCCGCACCGAGGGAAGCGCCCUGCCCACCGCGGGCUGCUCUCAGCAGCCUGUUGCACUCCCAGGCCAAUACAUUGCUUUUUUUUUUUUCCAUUAAAUCUUGCCGGUGCAACAGCCCAGCUUAUUCCUCUGUUCACUGAGGGAUCUGGAGUGAAAGCAGCUCAGCCAUGAUAGGUCCUCGGCCCGUAAGGCCUCUCGUUUUCCAGUGCCACACAGGCACCAAACGGGGCUUUUUAGGCCAGAGGCAGGUUUCCAAGGAGACCGUGUUACCCGGCCGCGUUUCUUGUUUGCAAUAGCACCAGCAGCAGAGGAAGGAGUAGGUGUUAAAGUACCAGAAUUAAAUGAGUUUCAUGAAGACAGAAAGACGCAGCAGAGACCCAUUUUGCUGUGAAGGAUGCUAUGGAGUCAGCUUGCUCUGCAC